AUGUCUGGUAGAUUGGUUUCUGUCCAUACCCCGUUGAUCGGAUUCCUUUUCUACCUGAUUUUUGUGGCUUCAACAAUCUUUUGGUCUUGUUUUUCGUGUCUCAAGCCGAACCGCUCUCAUCGAAAUGAGAACAGUGUUACAACGCAAAGUCAGCGCAAGAUCCGCUCCAAAGCCAACGCCAAGUCCUGCACCGAGGAUGGGAUUAGGGAAAGGAGGGCCAGUGUGAGUAAAACUGGCUCAGGAGAUGAGACUUCGGCCACUCCAGUUACCAGCGAUGACAUCACUAAAACGUAAGUUGACAGAGAUUGGAGAUAAAUUACUUUCAUUUGUAUAGCUGAAAGGUUAAUUUAUUGCAUGGAGGAUUUCCGUAGUCGAUAAAAUCAUGAAAAUUUGACACAUCUUUGUUAUCUAUGCUGGCUUGAUGUAUUUUUAGGAAAAAGAAGCGAUCGAUCAGCAAAAGUGACCUUGAGAAGGCCAAGAAAUACUUGGCUACAGUCCGCUCUGUAUGUCUUACCUCUUGAUUUUUGUUAUUUCGCUCAUUCUCUUGCUCAUUCGGCUUGAUGAUUUUGCCAUUUUCACCGCACUGUGCGGAGAUUUUUUUAAAAUUUCUUUGCACUGUGCACAUUUUUAGCGAAAGAAGUGCGCAGCCCCACUGAUGGAUAUGAACCUUCAUGCCGAACAAAUUGACGAGGAAAUAGAUCUGGAACCAGUUGAGAAAAUUCAAGGACUGUGGGUAUACAUUACUACUUAUUAUACAUAUAACUGUCACACAGUGUGACGAUGACUUGAGAAUUUUAUGAUUUUGUAGAGAAGUUGCUGUAUCGCCUUGUCCCAUGAAAACAGCACGAUCAAGGAGUGUGACUGAUGGACAGUCGACAAGUCAAAACGAAUAUUCGAGGAAGAGGACGAAAGAUAAAGGCAGGUGAAUUUGAGAGCGUUUAGCAUAGAUUUUUGAUGGUUUAAAAGUAAAAGAAAUUUGAUAACGCUUCCUUUUAGAUGCCAAGCUAAACCAGAAGCUUGGAGAAGCCUCUGUAUCAAAGCCUAAGACCGGGACCGAAGACUCCAGAAAGUCCGUUGACCUAGCUGAAUUUGCACCUGCCAUGAAUCAUUUGGACCCAAGGAAUGUGGGAAAUUCAAAUGAUGUGGGAAAGUGUGAUCCAAUUGCUGGUAGCAUGUAUAUUCUUUGA